AUGGAUGGCACUGCGAUCGCCAAAGUUCUGGGGUUGACGUCGUCGGGUAUUUUCGCAGCGGAUGUCAUUUCCAGCGCACAUCGCCACACCAGAGCAAGACUGGCCAAUCUCAGAUAUAACCAGGCUGACGGCCAUGUGUUCAUGUUCCCAGGGUACACGUGGGCGCUGUCCCACGCGGCAGUGCCGGCGAUAUUAUUCGCGUCGGAAGACCUCCAGGCCAAACAGUGGAGGUAUCAGUACUUGAUGGGAUACUAUAUUUCGAGACCCAUGUGUAUUGUCAAUGGACUGUCGUUCGGGUACCUGGCUUAUCAGGCCACGGAAUCGUCAUUCCUUCGCACGCUCUACAUCCUCGCUGCAGUCACGAGCGCGUCGGGGGUCCCUUACGCGCUGACAUUCCUCCGACGCACCAACGGCGCGUUGUCGCGCAAGGCGCAUCGUCUGGCUGGGCCGGGGCCCAACAAUGGGCAGGUCAUGGCGCUGCGCUAUGCGUUCGACGAGCGAAGGAGCGUCGACCGGGACCAGAGGAUGGGCACGGCCGAGACGAUCGAGCGGUGGAGCUGGCAUAAUUACGUGAGGACCUGGGUGCUUGUUCUUGGGACGAUCGUGGGCGCGAUGGCUGUUGCUUUGGAUGGGAAGUAG